AUGUUGUGCUACGAGAUUGACGACGAGUCGCUGCGCCUGGUCCUCCAGAUGCAGUUGGAGGACUUGGAGAAUAUUAAGGAAAGCAGCAAGGGCAAGUGCCGAGUGGACGAGGUCUCUGAUCUCGACCUGGCUGUCGAUGCAUACCACGCGGAACUGGAGUCGCAAGCUGUGCUCGCGGCAGAUAGGUGUAUGUGCAAGAGUAUAGCCAAAGCAAAUCAAUCCGACGGUCGCCUCAUUGCGAUUCUCACGAAACAGGAGAACCAGGCCACUCGCGACAGAGAAGCAGCUAUUCGACUCAGCAAUGGAGCCACACUCGGCGAGGGUACGUCUUUUACGAAUCUUGCCGUCGUGCCAAAGGAGUCUUCCACAAACGUGGAAGACGAGACAUUUUUACGAAAACUCGCGUCGCUUUACGUCUCUGUUGACUAUGGCGAGGAGGAGGAGGACGACGACGACGACAAUGACGAAGAUGACGAGGAAGAACCGGAAUCAUCAUCGUGGGCGGCCUCCAGGAAGCAAAUCGAUGCGGUAGCGAUCAAACCGACUAGGCGAGAGAAGAAAACAACAUGCGACAGUUGUAAAGAUGCCUACACCCCCAUCGCAGUCGCCCAGCUGCCGUGCAAACACAACUACUGCCGCGACUGUCUUCGGACCCUCUUCGAGCUCUCCCUCACAGACGAGUCGCUCUUCCCGCCGAGAUGCUGCAAAUUGCCUAUUCCCGUGGACGGAGGCUUUGCCAGGGUUCUACUGUCCCCGAAGCUGGUAGGAGAGUUCCGGGCAAAGGAGAUCGAGUUUUCAACGCCCAACAGGACGUACUGUCAUAGGCCGACCUGCUCCAUAUUCAUUCCCAAGGAGUUCAUCAGAGGCGACGUCGGAACAUGUCCGCAGUGCCAAUACCAGACGUGCACGAUGUGCAAAGGCGCCGAGCACGGAAACCAGGAUUGCGCGCAAGACACGUCGACGCAGGCUCUUCUCGAGGUCGCCGCCGCCAACGGUUGA